CCUUUCCCCACAUGCUAGUUAGGCCCAUCCUUCUCCCCGCACAACGGGUUUUACAGGUAUUAUAAAAGUUAUCGUAAAAUUUACUAUAUACCAAUGUAGAUUAGGAGCAUCUAUAUCUUGUACUUAUUCAUUCCUACUGGAGCUAAAUAGAAAGAUAUAUUACCUUUAUUUAAGCACCAUUUAAUCACUCAGUCAUAUCUGAUGAAAUUUUAUGUGCCAGAAUUAUGUAGUUGUACAAUAUCACUAACCCAAAUCCUAAUCCAACUAUCUAAAUCCUAAACCCCAAAGAUAACUCAUGCAAUAGCUAGAGAUGUUAAAAAAAUCCCAAGAUCAAGCAAAAACAACAAAAUAAUCAAGCAUGGAGAAAAAGGAAAAAGAGAAAAAAUCACAUAUACAGAUGAGAAGAAAAUACCUAUUACAAAAAUCGAACCAUCGAUCAUAAUAAUUCCCCUCUCUUACCACUGCACUACAACAGCUUCAUCAAAGGUCAGACAAAAACUAUUUCAUUCGAUGAACCUUUUCUUUUUUGCAAGGUGAAAAGGUACAGGGAAACAGGUGAUGUGUUCAGUAAGAACGUGAACGGACAUCACGAAGAAGUGGUCUGGGCAGACGCAAGAUCAUAUUAUCCAACUGUAGCAACUUUAAUAUGAGGAAGAGUACACGCAUAAGAUUUUGAUCUGCGUGUGCAUGAAGGGGUUGAACCGAGCUGUAGAAGGAUCCGCAUGAUUUUAAAUGCUAACACUUUUGCUGCAAACUUCUCGUAUUGUAUAACGCAGAAGUUAGGAGCACCUAACUGACAUCACGAACUUAAAUACACGUCCAUGCUGACAUAUUUUCGUUCUCUUCCAUUCAAUGACGCGAUUUUUCUGGAAUGUUUGCCUCACUUGUUUACGUUCUAAAUUUACUCGGAAGGCGGUCCGUCGCAAGGGAAAUCCCCAUGACUCAUCCUUAUAUGGUUUGUGACGUCACGUGCAAGCUAUGAGAACGUGCCUAGUGGGCGGUAGUUAUUGCUUGCACGAGAAUUCGGUCAUUUUUUGAUCGUUUGAGAAUGUUCUCCACAUUUCUGGAAACUAGUUUAUUAAGUGUCACUUACAAGGAUUCCUAGGUCGUGUAAUGGUGACUACUACGUCAAGGGACUACUGCUUCACGCGCCGUGCAAGAAAACUUCACUACAACUGUUCGGGAAAAGACAAACUGACGUCGAGGGACCAUAAGUGAAGAGUUCACGCAUACAUCCGCUGCACUUGGCAACCGGUUUCAAACUGCUGUUCCAGAUAGCUCAUCACUUGUGAGUCAAAUAAAGUUUGGAUGUCCCACACACAGUCAGCCGUGUAUGAGACGGGUCGCCUUAUCGUAGUCGAUGACUAUUGAAUGAUCCGAUUAGAUUUCAGAGGGAAAAUGAGUUUGUUCGCCGGUAAGGGGGGCAGUCUUCAAUUGACACCACUCACCUGGCAAACGUUUCAUCAGUCGCCCUUUCGAAACCAUGAACUGUCAGGACCUUCCCCUCAUAAUUCCGAACGGAGCUUUGGGAGAGACGGGGUAGAGGUUUCGACGAACAUGAAACUUAAGCAUAGAAGAUCGCUUCUAGAAGGAGUAGGAUUCUACGACCACUUUGACAGCAUAUUUCACGAUGUGGCACUACCAGUCGGUAGCUGUGGUGUUCACCCUAGGGCACACGAGGACAUGCUGCCUUCAGAUGGAAAACCUGAAGCAUAUGGUAUACCCAUUAAAAUCGAAAGUCUCACAGCGUCUCUGGGAGGUAGUCCUUCGCAGCAAACAGGUUCUUCUAGAAACCUUGUUGGCAGACCAGAAAGAAGCUCAACACUGCCAGAUUCAAAAUGUGUAGCUUUAGGUGAAGAAAACUGUUUUUUAAAUAGUAUAUCAGUAGCAAAGUGUCUAAAAGAACACUCAUCCGAACUGAACGACUGCCAUGCACCACCAAGCUUGAAGUCCGUUAAAGGCAGGUACAGCCCGAUCCCCAACUUCAGACUUGUGAACCCAACUAAGGAACAUCGAAGACUGGAAAUAACCAGGUGUUGGUCGAACGAUGAGAAAGAGAAUGUGAGAAGUAACGUUGGUAUGGAAACUGAUUUCUUUACGUCGUCACUACGACGACAAUCAGUUUCGUCGCCGUUGUGGUCAGACGAAAAGUCAGUUCCGAUAUGUGAGAACUUUAAAGAAGAGAAUAGGCAAGAUUCUAAAAAUCUUCCACUUUCGACUACAUCGUUGCGUAGAAAACCUUUGCGUCAGUCGUAUGGCGUUAUAACUGCGAGAACAUCAGUGAAAUCCUCACCAUUUCUGACUGCUGCAGAAGCAGCGACAGAAAGCCCGUUUUCAAUACUGGGAUCGGACGCAACUCAUGUGGAAACCUCAUCAACAGUUUUGAAUGAUGCCAUGUGCACGCUAGCAGCUGCUACACCCUUUCACAAGGAUGCUGACACGGAAGGUAGAGCCAAGCUUCACGAAAGACGGUGCUGCGCAGUCUCCGUUGCUUCAUCGCCUCCCAGCUACACGGUCUAUAAAUAUUUGAAGGCAACGCUGGCAUCUUUAGAGAGACAAGUGGACUACAUCAGAGGUGAUGGAAACUGUUUCUUUCGAGCUCUCUCCAAGGAAAUAUAUGGGUCUGAAAACUUCCAUGCUGAAUGGCGCGAAGCAGUUGUCGAUGUUAUCGAAUGUUAUCCCCGCAUCUUUGGCCAGUAUAUUGACACAAACAGCAUGACAUUACAUGUACGGGAGAUGCGCAGGCUUGGUACAUGGGCAACCACGUGCGAGAUCUAUGCUGCUGCCACACUGCUGCAGCACAACAUCUAUGUCCUGGCUCCUGACCACAAUCAGAAAGAGUAUCGUUGGCUCCUGUUCUCGCCCCACCAGCUGACCAGGCACUAUACUGGAGGUAACAACACACAGAUGCAUACACAAGGCAAAAGUGUGGGUGAUUUUUGCAGAGGUCACAGUUGCAGCACUUCAGGAAUCUCUUCAGCAGCACACCAUUUCUAUUUAACUCUGUGUCAUACUAAUGGCAAUCACUAUGAUCGUAUCAUGCCAGCAUUUGUCUCCUGCAACUGUCAACUCCCACCUCCCAGUUUGGAUGGAGCUACUGUCCUUGUGGACCUAACAGAAUCAGAUGAAGACAGAGCGUGAACACUAGCUUUAUUCAUCACCUGGAUUUUCUAUUUAUUUUUUUUUUCAGCAGGUAUCUUUUGAUUGGAGAUGGUGGUUUCAUGGUUUGUUGAUGUUGACAGUAGGUGGUGGGGGUAUUGCUUCAUCUUGUUAAUGUUGCUGUUAGGUUAUAUGGACUAUACAUGGAUGCUGAUCUUGCCUAUCUAUUUAGUCGAUUUGUAAGAGCUUUAGAAACACGGUGAAUUGUUAUAGUCACUUGCUAGUCUGUUGCUACGCCUACCCCCUGGUUGGACACAAGUUACCCCCUAGCUCCGGAUAAAAUUUGGUUAGUCGGGAGCAGUGCAACUGUCGUCAAUUUAGUCGGGUGCUAUCUAUACCUUUGCUACAUUCAGACUAAGGCUAUACCUUCGAGCAGUGCAACCGGACCCAGGUCAUGAAAAAGUAGAGAUAUACAAUGCGAUCUCAUUUGAAAUAAUUUAAAAACAGUUCACUGGUACCGCAUUAUUAAUAUAUGAAAAGUGCAUUUAAAAAAGAAAAAGUCGAACUAAAAAGAACAAUGGAGGAUCAAUACCAUUCACAUCAUAUUAUUGUAUAGAGGAAAACACAUUAUUAAUAUACAUUUUUAAAAAAGCUGCAUACACUCAGUAUUUGCUUCAAACUACUGUUAUUUUCUAUACAUAAUAUAAUGUACUCAAAACAGUGCAAAACUUUAAUAGCUUUAGCAGACAUGAGAUAGCCGUUCCACUGCGCGCGUCUAGAGUUGGCUGUCCUUGAUUUUUAGUGUCUGUGGAUAGAGUGAAUGGUAGAGAUAGAGAUGGAUAACAGCACUGGAAUAGCACGGAUAGCACUGGGUUUCUCCCAUAGACGAGUCUUUCAUCGUAUGUAUUUGUACUUUUUUUAAUGUUCAUUAAAUCUUUUUCUGUACAUUACAUCACA